GCUGGCGGGCUCCGCAACCAAUGCUGCAAGAUCGACUACUUCCUCUCGCCUCUUGCUCCGUUUCUGGCGCCCAACUGUUUUACGUUCCGGGCACCAUGGGACACUCAAGCGAGAUUCUGAAUGCAAUGCGCCAUGUUGCCAGCCACUCGCCCCGCGAUCCCGCGAUGUGGCGAGCCACGGCCUCCCGCGCAUUCACGACUUCCUUCACGAACCAAAACACUGCCGCAGAGAUUGCACACUCCAAGGAGGCCGGUGCACAAGUCGAGACCCGCGACGUCACUACCAUGGACAACCUACUCCGAGCAGUCCGCCUGCGAGUUCAUCCUGCACGGCAAACUUCAUUCACUAUGCGCAGCGGUGUAAUGUGGUCAGAGUCUCUCCGUCGCUCACGGGAGGGCUCACCAGAGCCACGCGACGACGACGACGGACCAAGCUUCGAACUCACUCCACGGACCAUGGCCGACUCGUACUCCGAGGAGUGCUUGCAUUUCCACUCACAGCCAGGCCUACUCGAGAAGUACACGAACACAUACGGCGGGAUUCGCCCGGGCAUGCUCAUGGAACACUUGGACUCUCUCGCGGGCGCCAUCGCAUACAAGCAUAUGCUCGGCCCCGUCGAGCGGCUGACGAAUGAGCAAGAUCUUCCGUUCUACCUCGUCACUGCGUCUGUUGAUCGAUUGGACGUGCUUGCGGAUCUGUCUGUCGUGCGUGAUCUGCGUCUGAGUGGCCAGGUCAUCCAUGUCGGAAGGUCGUCGGUGGAAGUCGCGGUGCGGAUGGAGGCGCUCAAUGCCGAUGGCACGGAAGAGACGGUGAUGCUCGGUCGAUUCUGCAUGGUAUGCAGGGAUAGCAAGACACACAAGGCCCGGCAGGUGAAUCCGCUCGUUCUCGAGACUCAGGAAGACCGAGAGCUGUGGCACAUUGGCGAAGCGUGCAAAAAUCGCCGUAAGGCUACGGCCAAUCAAUCCCUGGCCAAGGUGCCCCCAUCGUCGAUAGAAGCUGAGGCGAUGCACCAGCUGUAUCUGCAGUCGACUGCGCAGUCUGAGAGUGUCGAUCUGUGCAUGGCGAGCGAGUCGCGUGUGCCCAUGGGUAACACGCGGCUGGAGAAGACUCUGACAAUGUACCCACAGGAGCGGAACAUUCAUCAGAAGAUCUUUGGUGGAUACUUGAUGCGCCUCGCAUACGAGCUUGGGUACUCUAACUCGAUGCUAUUCGCGCGCGGACCUCUGCGAUUCCUGUCCCUGGAUAGCAUCUCAUUCGCACGUGCAGUCCCGAUUGGGUCAGUCCUACGUCUGAAGUCAUACAUCGUCCACACGACUUCGACGAAGGACUUCCCAGUUUUGAUCCACGUCACUGUCAAAGCUAGUGCCGUCGACGUCCAGACAGGAAAGGAGCAGACAACAAACGACUUCCGUUUCACUUGGUGCCGGGAAGAGGGUGAGCCCUUGACACGCACUGUUGUACCGACGACCUAUCAGGAGGCAAUGUGGUGGGUUGAAGGCAAGCGUGCUUUGGAUCUGGGCGGCGAGAUCUGCAGCCUUCGUGCUGUUAAGCGGGCGUCACAACUCUAGGGGGGCUGUUAAAGUCUUUUUGGCCAUACAUCAGGGUGGACGGGCGGCGCUCUCGGUUGGAGGCGUCCAUUAUGCGUUAACUUAUACCUAGACUUAGCCGCGCCUAGAGGUAUCGAGCGUGGACUCCUUACUUAAACCUGUAGACCCUUCUCGUUGAGGGCA